AUGGAGGCUGAGGACCGCGGCAUGCUCCGGCUGUAUACUGCAGGUGAAGCAGCUGACGAACCCGACGGAACUCAGAGCGGAAUUAUUGCCAGUCCCACCAACGGCGAACCCAGUCCUGAAGCACAGCAUGCGCCCACGCCCACCAACGAUGGGGUCUGGGGCAGCGCUGCCUUUUGCGGGCCUCCAGAUGAUCGCAGAAUGGAUUUUUCCGCCAGCCCAGGUGGUCGCCGACCCACGGGUGACCUCGACCUUGAUGUGAACACGAUCCAGGCAUUGUUGGAAAGCUAUUUGCAAAAUAUUCACGUCAUGCACCCCAUCCUGAACGAAAAGCGACUCCGUAAAAUGAUCGAUGCAUUCAGCCGACGAUAUGGCACCGGUCAAUUCAGAGGGGCACAUGGCACCCCUACCACCAUGAGCGACCCUGAUAAUCGGCCGAUGAAGCGACAACGAUCGAACGGCUCAACUGCCAUUUCCAUCAUGACUGUAAAUGAAGCCGACAUGCGUCGCGAGCCAAGGGAGGCCAUCGAGCAUUCACCUGCAAGUGCCGUUGUAUUGCUCGUGCUUGCCCUGGGCAAGAUCUGUUUGCACAAGGAUCCGUUACCCGGCUUCGUUCCCAACUCAAGGUUACAGACAAACUCUGCUGUUGCGCAUUCGGCAGGAAUUCGCGGUGCGCCGAAUGAUGUCAACACCUCCUUCGCCAGCAUGAGUUCUCCAGGUUCAGCAAUCAUGAGGUCGGCGCACAUGUCACCCCAAUCCCCUCUAGCGACACCCCACAACCAGCCUACACCGCCGACCGAACAGGGAUAUCGUCAUGAGGUGCGCACUUCCGGACCACCGACGAACGGCGUGACUUCGAAUCGUUUCCGCAAGAACAUAGAUGCUCUGCCUGGCUUGUCAUAUUAUGCAAAGGCGUCAGAGAUCAUCGGAGAGCAAGCAGAUGGAAACGACCUCAUCCACGCACAGAUUUUCAUUCUUGCAGGUCUCUUCAAAGGGCAGUUGGCACGUGUCAAAGAGAGUAUGAGUUGGUUCCAAAUGGCUGGUCGCGCCGUUUUGAGCUUGCUGGAUCGUUACAAACUCUACAAUGACAGCUACUGGGUCAAUUAUGGAGAAAAGCCGCAGGGCCAAGAAAGUGGUCAAGCUAGGAUCAAGGACUCUCGACACGUUCUUCUCGUCAUCGCCGCCUGGUCAUGCCUCCAACUAGAAACGGAUAUCCUCGCAGAGAUGAAAUUCCCACCCAGCGGUAUACAGGAGAAGGAGCCCCUCUUGCUUUUCCCGUUGAAGACACCUCAACAUGAGCAUGAGAUGGAAACCCUUCAAGGAUCCGGAGGCUGGGAUGGUACUGAUCGGAUUCUCAUGUACUUUGUCUCCCUGCUCUUUCUUCGGAGAAGAUUGAACAAAGUGCACGCCGAGAUUUACGGACCUGACAGUCUGGGUCAAACGCUCAAAGCUGUCCAAGUAAUGCUUGCUGGCCACGAUGAUGUACUGAACGCCUGGCGAAAAGGCCUCCCGGAACAAUUGAAAUGGGAUGACAAUGAUCCACCAGCCACCGAGAUCCUGGAUGCUCGUCUGCGAGGUAAAUAUUAUGGUGCGGUAUACGUCAUCAACCGGCCGUUCCUCGACUACGCACUGCAUAUCAUGCCGCACCUCGUUAACGACAAAUGUACGCUCGAGGAGGCCGCCAUAGAUGCUUAUGGAAAUCCUCGAGACAAAGCCGACAUUCACCUGUUCAGGGCGAUACAGCAGAUGGGUGACAGUGCGAUCUGGCGAGCUGCGAAGCGAUGUAUUGACGCAGCCAUGCACAGUACUGUCGCUUUCGAUGGUAUGGACGGUCGACUCAUCGUCACUAACAUCCACGGAACAGCACAUGCACAAUUCGGCAACAUGUUGGUGCUGUCCGCCACAUACAGCAGCCCCUAUUUGAACAGGCUUGUUCCCCACGACAGGUUCAAAACUCUCCUCCUACGUACCAUCAAGUUCCUCCGCCGACUAUCGCCCAUCUCACCCACAUGUCGGGCGGACUGCCUCAUCCUCGAGAAAUUCGAGAAAACCCUAUUUCCGCUCGCCGACACCGAAUCCACCACCUAUCGCGACGAAGGCGUCGACCGCGAGACUCUGAUGCAAGAUGCAGCGCCUCCAGUCUAA